AUGAGCCGUACCGAUAUUGACACCUUGAGUGCGGAGAACAUGCCGUGGCGAUGUGAACCGUGCGGGACCACUCGGCGUCAGAGCAUGAGGCUGGAGUCUCAGGCCACCGACGGCACUCUGACCAUCCAGGACAUCAUGAAGGUGCUGAACGACAUCCGCACCGACCAGGCCAACUUCGUGAAGGACCUGAACACUUCGUACGAGUCACUCCAAGAACAACUUACUGCCAACACUGAAGCGAUCAACAAGCAAGUUGAGAAAGUGAAUGGCUGUAUGGAGAAGUUUGAAGCCGUUAUUGAAGAGAAUCUGAUACUAAAGAAAAAGGUCGAGGCUCUGGAGGUGCGACUGGAAGAAGCUGAACAGUACUCGAGACGGAAUACUAUAGAGAUUCAUGGGUUGCCAUUUCCACAAAACAAAACAGAGACGCAAGAAGAAGUCAUCGAGUUGGUAAAGAAGGUGGGCGAGGGUCUUGGCACAAACAUCGACGAGUCCAUGAUCGACGCGUGUCACCGUCUGUCACGACGACCUAUGGGGGACCGACCGCCGCCCGUAGUGGUGAAGUUCGUUCGUCGCAUCGACAAGGACAGAGUGAUGGAGAAGAGGCGUCAGAAACGGGAGUUCUCCACGAGACACAUGGGCCUGGCGAUGGACACCCCCGUGUACCUGAACGAGGCCAUGUCCCCGGCGAGGAGGCGACUGUUCGCACUGGCGCGGGAGGCGAAGAAGACCAACAACUACCAGUUCCUGUGGAGCAGAAAUGGCAAGAUUUUUAUGCGUAAAAAAACUGGUGAUAGUGUUGUGUUAGUAACCUGCCAGGACGACCUAAACAAGCUUAAGUAG